UCCCGCCAAGUUUGAAGGCGGUUCUGCUCCAUUCAGUGUUCCGAUAUGAGUUCUGGUUCCGAGCUGAGCGAUUCUGAGGAUUUACCCUCCGUCCCUUUCCUGUCCCGGAGGGAGGUGCUGCUUGUGAGCAGUGACAGUGAGGGAGAGGGGGGCCCCAAGCCAUUGGCACCCCCACAGCGCACUAUUGGGGGACGGGCCGCCCCUGCCAAGCUCCGGAAACCCCGGGUCCCUGGGGGGGGCCCUCAGCCAAAGAAAGGGAAGAAGGGACAGGAAACUGUCACUGUCCUCAUAGACCCAGGAAUCCUGCAGAAUGGAUGUGGGGGGCAAGUGCUGAGCGCUCUGCAGGCCCAGGAGACUCCCUGCGUGAUCCAGUCCCAGGCAAUUCCCCGAAGCAUCACCUGGAGCAGAUCCAGCGCCGACGGCAAUGAAGAAGGUCUUAGUCAAGAAGAAGCUGAGGUUCUAAUCCUUCUUCCCGGAGAAGAGUUUGUCACAAUGGUGCAGAACUUGAAGAAGGAGCCACUAGGUGGCAGCAGCAGAGAGACACUGCACAACUUUGUGGCCCGUGUGACAGCGGGUAAGUCCUGGAAGGUGCCCACAUUGGUAAUCAUGGAGAUGGAGAAAUAUUUUAGUGGAGGUAAAAAAUUAAGCAGGAAAAAGCAGAAGGAGCCCUUGGGCGGAGAGGUUCCAGGCAAUGGGAAGAAGAGGCUGGGCAAACGGAAAGAAUCACCAGAGACACUCCCUACCUUGACCAGAGUGGAAGUGGAGGAGGUUCUGAUGGACUUCCAGCUGCACACAGGAACCCACGUGUGGUUCUUAGAGACGUGGAAGGAGUUUGCCGACUUUGUCUGCCAGUUCAGCAAGGCGGUGUCUGAAGCUCCUACCAAGAGACAAAGGGAUAACACCUCAUUCUCAUUCUACCUGGAUGGCGAGUGGGCAGGAGGAGUGCGAGUGGAGCGCUGUGGGAAAGGCCACUUGGAGGUGUGGAGGCGACAGAUCCAACAGUUCAACCGGAUCAGCGUAGACAUUGCAAACGCUGUGGUGGCUGCAUAUCCCUCCCCCCACUUACUAGUGAAGGCCUAUCGCUGCUGUCGGACAGAGGAGGAGAGACAGAACCUGCUUAGUGAUAUCCUUGUGCGCCGUGGGGAAGGCGUUACUUCUACCUCUCGCCGCGUCGGCCCAGAAAUAUCCAAACGCAUCUACUUGCAGAUGACAUCCAAAGAGCCAGAACUCUCUCUCGAGCUAACGUGAAUCGAGAAAGGUCCACGACUCCACAGGGUAUCCAGGCAAGGGGUGUAGUGCUUGUAAGGAACUGAGACAGAGGCCAGGGAAUGGCUUGUUUGAUGUUCAACUAGACCUAGGUGCGUUGCACUGUUUGUAUGUGUUACAUUAGUUUCUGAUUAAACCGUGUAUAUUUAUUUAUUCAA